AUGCAUCAAUAUCCAAAAGACUCUAAUUUAUUAAACUUAAACGAUAAUAACACACAGUUUGUUUUUAAAUCUAAAGACAAAGAAUAACCCUUUGUAUUUUAAUAACUAAUUAAUAGAGUUAUUCUACUAGAUGUUAUGCAACAAAUCAAAAAUUUACUGCAUAAGCUUAAUUUCAAUAUUGUACUCCAAAAUUUAGCUUCAUUAAUACUUUUGCAAAUGAUUCAACAUACAAUAUAUUAAUUAAUUACAAAAUCGAUGAAGCUUUUAAAUUAUUUUUUAAAUCACCUAAUUUUAUUGACACUUUACAAUAAUUUAACACAGGAUUUAAGUUAACUCUUGAAAAAUAGUAUUAAUUUUAUUGUUAAUACAACAAAACCUAAAAAUCCUCUGAAUUUAAUUUCUUUGCAAAAAAAAAAUAUUUGUAAAAUGAUUGGAAAAUGAAAACAAUACUUGAAUUGUGUUUCAAAAAUAAAUAAUUAUAAUUUUCAUAAUUCUGCUAAUAUGCUGAAAAAUAGGAUUAAAAAAUUAAAUUAACUUAGUAAUCAAAUAUUUCACUAAUCUCUUAGUUCAUAAAAUGAGUCAAGUUUGAUGAUCUAAUCACCAUUCAAAGAUAAUACAUAAUUAGCAUUCAAAAUAAACAGAAUUUAUAAAAUAAGUUAAUACUCAACUUUCUUAAAUUUUGGAUUAAGACAUAAGGUUGAUGAAAAUCUAUUUUUAAUUACUAAGGUAUACAUUUAAUUCUUAAUUAAGUUUAAUUAAAAUGGUUUAGGAAUUAUUGGAAUAAAAGGAAAAUACAAUAAAAUCAAAUACUAGGUUUCCAAUAAAGUAAGUUAUUUGUUUUAACUUAAAUUAGUUUUAAUUUUUUUAAAAUAAGGAUUAAAUGUUCCCACUACAAUUCAAAUUUGAAAUAUAAUAAUGA